AUGUCAGGUCUUCAGAAAACAGCUGACACGGUCAAGAUGUUCUUCUUUUCCUGCGUGGAUGAGCCAGGCAACUACAAAGACACGGCUGCCAAGAUCGCCAGCUUGAACCUGGCAGAUUUGCACAGUGCAGCUUUCGAUGAAGCCAAGCGUUCAUUGCAAGAAUGUCGCUGCGUUCUGAAUGCGCGGAAUUCAGAGGAUGACCAGGUAAUCCAGUCUGCACUUGAAAGCUUCGAUUUCAAAGGCUUGAAGGAGCUUUUGGGAGAGGUUCCAGAUGCGAUGGGGGCAGAGAAUGCAGCGACCAAACUAUUCCAUCACCGUGUUGAUCAGAUAAAGCAAGUGGUGCUGGACCGAUUGACUUUGGCAAAGCAAUCUCUUCUCCAGCCCAGAAAAUUCGCACUUGAAUUCCGCAAGUUGAAAGCAGCGGAAGCAGAAAUCGGUGACUACCUGAAGCUCUACCAGGACCACCCUGGGCUGUGCUUUCAAGAUGAGGGCCUGAUGAGGGGGCGAGACCUUGCCACCAAUCCCCCAUCAAGCAGCAUCAACCAUCAGAUGCCACAAGCAAGUUGGACUCCAGCGGGUUCGCCCCAGCCGGGACCGGCACGGCAAGCGCUGCAGGAAACGAACCUCACCGAGGAGGUGCAAAAGAUUGCACGACAAGCAUUGGAACAUGUUCAGGCUAUGUUGGCGAAGCUCAAGGCUGAAACCGAACGGAAGAGCUAUGACAUGUGUUUGGACCAUGCAGACGAGCUUGAGGAUUUAGUUGCUCGAUGGCGAUUGUUGUUGCAUUUCGAGACAUGGGAAAUCGUGUUGGCUUUGCUGAUGCCAGGCCAAAGGUUGCUUGGAGAUUGUGAGGACGAGAAUGCUAACUCUAAGGAGUUUGUUCACGAGCUCAAGAUGCUGCAAGCCGGCUGUCGCAGUGACGUCAAAGAAGCUGGCAAUGGCGUUGAUGCUCUUGAGCUUCUGAAGAAACAUUUCGAUGAAGGCCUCGGAGAUCAUCUUACAACAGUUCCUGGUCGAGUGCAGCAAGAACUGGAGAAAGUGAAGAAAACGGUUGAAUCGCACAACCAAACCCUGCUGGCCAAGCUCUACUCAGAAGAUGAGAUUCAGCAGUUGAAAGCUGAGUUGGACAGUUUCAAGGCCAUCGCGCAAGGUUGCACUCAGAACCAAGGAACAUUGUAUGCCGCGGUGGUGGGAGCCUACAGCUAUGCAACAGGUUUUUUCAGCACCACAUCAGGCAAGACAGCGGAAAGGGAAAUGCAGGCUAAGCGACGGGCUCGGAGUGCUCAAAAGGAUUACAGCGUGCUCAGGGAAAAAGUGAACAAAACAAUUGCAGAAAAUGCCCAGGAUGGGCUGGCUGCAGUAGACGGAGGAAACUUCGAGAUUGCUGGAAGUGUCUUGCGCUUCAAAUCUCUGGUGGAAUCUCGCUUGAAGGAGCAUUUGGAUGUCGUUGCAAGCAAGGAAAUGGAGAACUUUGAGCAGGAAGUCGAGGAGUUGCUACGGGGCAAGCUGGACAAACUCCUGAUUGCCCUAAAGGAUGGGCCAGAUGUUCGAAGAGCAAUAACGGACCUUGGACACUUCUUGGACUUCCUCCGCCAUGUGUCCUUCAAGUUCGACAGAACCCUCUUCCAUGAUGUUUUGCGCGACUUUGUGGAGGAGCAGAAACAGAGACUGGAGCAGGCCUUGUCAAAUUCGCUUGUGGAAGAGGCCAUGGAUGCAAAGCUUGAUCUGCAAGCGUUGUCAUUGAUCCUGAGCACCAGGUUCGCCCUCUACAAGCGAACAAUGUCAGAGUUGCCACUUCAAGAGCACCCCAGAAGGGCUUGGAAGCGGCUGGUUGACAUCCAGGAAAGCAUCAUUGACGAAGAUCUUGGAAAGCAAGGGGAACAUUUUGCUGUUCUGGAAGUCUUUCCAUCCAUGCCUCAUCGAGAUGGCGAGAUCCAGCUGCCAUCGUCUCAAGAAGUCAAGCAGGCUUUCGUCAGGAAGAGCAAGCAGUACCAUAUGGACAAACAGUACCUUCCGGAUAGGCAGCAAGCACGCAUCAGCCCGUCAAUGAGAGGUUGGAUGAUGCCGAAGGUGAAUGCGGCAAAUGAAUUCUUACAGAGUGAUGUCAAUCGCCAAGGUUUUGGCAACCGAAUCGCAGGACUAUUCUGGCAGAAGCUAGAAGGCCUCAAUGUGAAGUUGCGUUCUUGUGUGGAAAGGUUGAUCGAAGAGCAGAAGUUCGAGAAGUUGAAAGCGAUGUUACAGGAACUUCGGCGGGUUGACAAAAAGCUGGCCGACAAGAUGCGGAUCUCGGACCACGUGAUCGACGAGGUGAGGAAGACAAAAGAAAACGUGCAAACUACAUGGCAAACAGGAUCGCUCAGAGAGCUGAAUGAAGAUUUGCUGAAACUGAAGGAGAUUAGCCAACAGUUUGCUGCUUAUCCUGAGAUUGUCCCAGAAAAUUUGAUGCAGGACAUUUCAAAGACCGUGGCGGAAGAGAUCAUGGAAGAAGGGCGGAGAGCGCGGGUCUGUAUCACCAGUUGUCAAUCAAGGAACGAGGCAAUGGCAUGCAUUAUGCAAUUUGGAGGACAUCUAAUUUCACUCGGCCGCAUUUGCCACCACUUGCGCGAUUUCAAGACUAGGGCAGAAGGGCAAAUUUCUAAUGUCUUGGCUCUUUGCUACGAGAAGAGUUGGGGUCCGACCUUUCUUCUUCAGCUGGGCAUGAGUUUGGGAAAGGGGAAAAUCGGGAUUCCCAACACGGAUGAUGAUACGGUGGCAAAGCACUUGUUGAGUUCCUUUUCGCACUUCAGCGAUGCGCGGAUGGUCAUGUUCAAUGUCGAGACGAUCCUCACGCAGAAGGAUAUAGAGCAGACGCUAAAUGAAAUCUCUUCCUGGGAUGUUGGGGCAAAUGGCCGGAAGAAACGACAUCUUGCCAUCCGCAAACUACAAGAGGGUUGGGAAGAGUACGACCGCCUAUUUGAUGAGUAUUUGAAGAAAUGGAUUGCCUCAGAGCUGACGCAAGACCAGUUGACUCAGCAGAUCAUGGCAACUGCGGGCCAGCUGCGUGCACAGAGUGGCGGCCAGUGGACUUCUGAAGUCAAGGCAAAGAUUCCGGAGUUGCUCGCGGGGAUCUUCGCGCUUUAUGCGAUUCCCAGGUCCGGAAAGGCAUACAUCUCUGCGCUUGCAAGUGCUACCAACGACGAGGAGAAAUCUGAAGCUGUGGAACCGGAGGAUUUGCUAAUCAAGCCGCACAGCAUCCAAAUUUUGACUCUUCUCUCCCUCACCGGCUAUGCGAACCCGGGAAUUGAUCUGGAGAAUCAUGUCAUGCAGAUCCGGACGGGUGAAGGGAAGUCGAUUGCGCUGGGAGGUGGCGCAGCGCUUCUGGGUCUGUUGGGCUUCCGAGUUCGUUGCAUUUGCUAUUCGAAGUACCUCAGCCAGAGAGACGAGAAUGCCUUCAGCAGCUUGUUCGCCGAAUUGCAGCUGCAGAAUCAUGGCUCCGAACGCAUUGUCUACAGCACUAUCACGGAGUACAGUGAACAUCGCACGGCGCAGAAAGGCGACGUCAGAAGCCUCACUCACGAGCUGGUGACCACAGGAAAGUUGAAACCGAGUCCUUUGAACAAGAUGAACAAGGAGGUUGAUGUCACUGUGGCAGAUGGGACCAACCCUCACAAAGCGAGCAAGGCAUCUCAACCAAUUGUCCUGGGUAGAGCGGAUUCAGCCCAUGGCCCAGCUCUACAUGGCCAAGAGAUUCUCCUCGUGGAUGAAGUGGAUGUAUUUUUUGGCAGCAAUUUCUAUGGUCAAACCCACAACCAGGUGGCUGUCUUAGCCUCCCUGGAAGUCGAGGCGCUCUUGAGGGAGAUGUGGAAGAACAGGGACAAUGCAUUGAAUGCGCUUGCCUUUUUCCAAAAGAUCCUUGAAUGGAGGGAGUACAAAGCAUUGGUGGAGAAAUUCCCACACUUUGACAAGAUGGUGAAGGCAGAGGUGUUUCAGAUGUGUGCGGAUUUGAAGGACCACUUGCAGACGAGGAAUGACUACACCUUUCAUUGUUGCAGAAUAGGCUACAAGGUCAUGGACGGUAUUGCAUAUGAUGUGGUCAAGGGCUACAAGACAGCAUUCGCGUACUUGGAAGAAGCGAGCAAAGGUCGCUUGCCUGACGAGGCAAUUUUGCGGAAGGCUUUGGCCCUACGAGUUCCAUGCGGCCGUUUCUCCUAUGCGAACCUGGGUGCGUCCCCCAAGAUCUUAGGAGUGUCUGGAACGAUUGAAGCCCUGGGCAGAUACGAAUGGACUGUGAUGCAACGCUUUGGCAUCAGCAGUUACACCUUGGUUCCAUCUGUCUAUGGCCGCAACAAUUUUGCAUUCCUGAAUCAAGCCUGCGGUAUUCCCAUCGUUAUUUCAAAGGAUCAGGACCACGCGUUUGACAUUUUCACUCAGGCCGGCGGCGGCUCAUCGUCCUGUUGGCUAGUCAACAAGAAGGUCCACGAAAAUCGAGCGGUCAUUGUCUUCUUUCGCGAUGUGCGGCAAGUCAAUGCGUUCACCCAGUCCACAUAUUACAGCAAAAUUGCGAAUAAGAAUGUGCUUCUUCCAGAUCUUCCUGAUGUGCACAAGGAUUGGAUCGUUAGCAAAGCAGCCACCAAUCGUCAGGCUCCAGCAAUCUUUGGCCGCGGUACUGACUUUUGCUGCCGCUUGGGCCAAACAUCGGGUGCUGUUGCCGUUUUGUGGAAGGGGCCCCUACAUACCCCCUACAUACCUCUACAUUGGUCACUGCCUUGCCAUGAAAGGACCAUACACACUUAUAUGCCCAAAUAUUGA